AUGCCUCAACCAAGGUGGCUUAUUGGUCUGCAGGCAUCCAUAUUACGGAAGUCGAUGGAGUUCGGCAUGUUCAUCAACGCGCUGCAUUCCCCUCGCCCACCGGCACCUUCAUUCUGUCGACGUAUCCCUGUUACAAUAUCCCGCCGAAAAGGGUUCAUCGACCUGCUCUUCUACACACCCAAGGACUACUCGAUGCCGCAUGGUGUUGAUACAGGAAGGAGAUACCCAGUUAUGGUGAACUUUCACAGCGGAGGUUUUACCCUCGGCAGAGCCAGCGAUGACGCCCCAUGGGCAUCUAUCGUGGUCGAGGUCGUCCAUGCCGUUGUCGUCUGUGUGGAAUAUCGCCUAGCACCACAAUUUCCUUUCCCUACAGCCGUGGAAGACGGCGCAGAUGCUCUUAUGUACAUCAUGCAAAGAGCCGAAGAGCUUAAGCUUGACGCAGAGAGGAUUUGUGUAAGCGGCUUCUCUUCAGGUGGCAACAUGGCGUUCACCGUUCCACUUUUGUUACAGAGUGAAAAUCGGCGGAUGCGAACCGACCGGGAGUCGAGUGGGGAGAGUGUCGCUAGCACAGCGCCAAGAACUGUGCAACAGGUGGCCCUGAUCGUCAGCUGGUAUCCAACAACUGACUACGCCACUUAUACAAGAGAAGAACGCAGAAAAUGCAAUACUCAACCUGGUAAAGAGCCUCCUAAAUUCUUCACAACUCUCUUCGACGCCGCCUAUAUUCAUCCAAUCUAUGAAGUCUCAUUGUCCAACCCAUACCUUUCUCCCAGUCUUGCCCCAGAUGACAUGCUCAGGAAACUUCCUGAUGAUGUCCUUAUAUACACGUGUGAGUGGGACGGAUUGCGUGCUGAAGCUGAGAGGUUCAAAGCGUACCUAGCAAACGAGUUGCAGAAGCGGGUAAGGUACAGGAUGGUUCCAGAAGUGACUCAUGCCUGGGAUAAGAAACCGCAUCUUAAGGGCAAUGGAUUUGAAGAGAGCGUGUAUAGGGAGGCUUGCUUCGAGAUAAAAAGAAUUUUUGACGAUGGAUUGGCGCGGAAGUCUUGA